AUGCGCCUAGAUCAAGCCUUUAGAUGUGCUCAAUGCACUGGGCGACUUACUCGCCGGCCUCCACUGCGACACCAGAGCUUUGCAUCACAGUUCACGUCCAAGCGCUUCAACAGCCAUGUCGCGCAAACUGAUAGACCCGUUCGCGUGGCUAUUGUCGGCUCCGGCCCGGCGGGAUUCUAUGCGGCCUAUCGUCUUUUAGCCAAACAGCAAGACGCGAUAGUUGAUAUGUACGAGAAAUUGCCUGUGCCAUUCGGCCUAGCUAGAUAUGGUGUUGCCCCAGACCACCCCGAAGUCAAGAACUGCGAGGAUAAAUUCACAGAAGUGGCCGAGUCCUCGCGUUUCAACUUCGUCGGUAAUAUCGAUCUCGGACAUGACCUGCCGCUCGCUGCCCUGAAGCCACAUUAUGAUGCCAUCUUAUUCGCGUAUGGUGCCACAAAAGAUAAAGAGCUUGGAAUUCCUGGGGAGAAAGCUUUGCAUAGCGUGCAUUCUGCGCGUGCCUUUGUGGGUUGGUAUAAUGGCCUACCUGAGCACCGAGAUCUCGAUCCCGACCUGAGCGGAGAGAGCGCCGUUAUUGUCGGACAGGGAAACGUUGCACUCGAUGUUGCCCGAAUUCUUCUUUCGGAUGUGAAUACUCUUAAAAAAACAGAUAUCGCAGAUUAUGCUGUGGAAAAGCUCUCCACGAGUCGAAUCAAGCGGGUGCGAGUUGUUGGACGCCGAGGACCUCUCCAGGCCGCUUUCACCAUCAAAGAACUUCGUGAAAUGCUACAACUCCCAGGUGUAUCCUUUGAUCCUGUCCGAAAGGAUAUUCUCCCACCGGAAGAAGUGGUAUCGGCGUUACCUCGGGCACAGAAGCGAUUAAUGCAACUCCUAGCUAAGGGAUCAACCAAUGAUCCUCAAACGUCCCCUAAGUCCUGGUCUCUAGACUUCUUACUUGCGCCUGACUCACUACACUGGUCGCCAGAAUACCCAUACCAUCUUUCUCAUGUAAAGUUCUCGCGCAAUGAGCUCGAUCCAUCCGACCCGCAUAGCCCCAGCUCCAAAGUGUUUCCCAAGCACCUCUCGAGCGGGAAGCGUGCCCAGGUCAAUCUGCCGGCCUGUGUCUUCUUCCGCAGCGUGGGCUACAAAUCCCUUCCGCUUCCGGGGCUCGAAGAUCUUGGCAUCGACUUUGACGCACAGCGCGGUAUUAUUCCCAAUGACGGAUUCGGCCGUGUAACAAGUCUGUCAAACAAGGGCGAGCCUCAAAAAUUACCGGAUGGAUCACUCAUCUCCAAUUUACCUGGCCUAUACUGUGCUGGGUGGGUGAAGCGAGGCCCAACGGGUGUAAUUGCCUCCACAAUGACCGAUGCAUUCACCACCGCAGAUACUAUUAUGCAAGACCUGGCAAAGCAUGAUGGUUCAAAGUCCUUGCUUCAUGCACCCAAUCAUAGCAGCGGUCUAGGCUGGGAGGGGGUCAAGUCCGAGGCCCAGCGCCGUGGUUUACGCCCUACGUCCUGGCAAGAUUGGCAACGAAUUGAUGCCGCAGAGCGAGAGCGAGGUCAACAAAAGGGCAAACCCCGGGAUAAGCUUGGGCGUGUAGAAGAAAUGUUGCAGGUGCUUGAUUGA